AUGAAUUCACUUACUAGACACUCUGCCAAUUUAAUGGCUCGAGCGGGUGGAAUUUGUACUACUCAAACAUGUAAAGAUGCAGCAACCUCAAUUCUACAUGAUCUCGAUGUAAACGUGGAUCCAUGCAGUGACUUUUAUCAAUAUACAUCUGUUGGUACAUUUAACAAUUUAAGAAACGACAAUAUUGAUGGUCUUCGCGAUAUACUUGAGAGCACAUACGAAGAUCUUCUUGCUGGUGUCCAGUCUUUGGGCAAAUCCGAUGAUGCCUUUAUCAAUCCUAGUCAAGUCGAAAAGGAUCGAGCAAACUUCAAUAAAAUAAAAGCAUACUAUGAAUCUUGUAUGGAUGAAACGACGAUUGAUAGCUUGGGUCCCACUCCUAUCUUUCCCAGUAUACAUGCACUUAUUGAUACACUUGGUUUUCAAGAAAACGAGGAUGGCCGUUUUACUACUGAUCAUGUUCGUCAGCUUACCGAGGCUUUAAUUUAUCUUGGUAAAGAAGGCGUAGAUAGUCUAAUUACUUUCGGUGUUGCCGUUGAUGAUAUCAAUCCGAACCAAUAUUCCAUUAGCGUCACUCAACCAUCUUUGGGACUCCCUUCUCGUGAAUACUAUGAUCAGCCAGAAAUGUUGACCAACUACCGCAACGGAUUAAUUUCUAUUCUUUCUUCUGUGUUGGGUAACCCAAGAGAUAAUUCAGCUACCGAAGAACUUCGUCGUAUUAGAUUGUCAGAGAACAAAUUGAGCGCACUUGGCCAAGUCGAAAUUGAAAAUAUGGUGGAUCGUUUUAUUGACUUUGAAUCUCGUCUUGCCAAAAUUACAUUGCCAAAUGAUGAAUUUCAAAAUCCACUUACAUUGUACAACCCUAUGCCAAUAAGUGAACUCCAUCAGAGAUAUCCUGUAGUGAACUGGAUUAAACUUUUUCGUAGCUUCCUUCCUGAAGAAACUUCGCUUCCAGAACAUGUUAUUGUUGUAGUUCCUCGCUUUUUACAAGAUUUGACAGACUGGUUGGCCAAUAGUGUCAAUAGCGACGACGGCGUAACUACCCAAAAUAUUCGUGAGUUCUUCAUUAUAAAAACUAUCCUGUCCAAUAUACAGAAUGUAGACAAAGCCACCCGUGAACUUUACCGCAAUAUGAAUAGUAAAAUAUCUAGUGGUACUACUGAGCCCCCACCUCGUUCUCGUUCCUGUAUCAGUCAAACUAGCAAUACCUUUGGACAAUUACUGGGUCGUUAUUUUGUAAUGAAGAAUUUUGGCGGAGAACGUCAGCGCGAACAAGUAGGAAAAUUCAUGGACAACAUCAAAUCCUCUUGGAGCUCCAGGUUACAAAAUGUUGAUUGGCUUGAUUCAGACACACGUACACGUGCUUUGGAUAAAGUAAGCAAGUUAAACCACAAGGAAGCUUAUAGUAUUGUUACCCCAGAUGACCGGUCGCCUGCAUCUCUUGAAGAAUAUUAUGCUACUAUUCAAGUUAAUCCAAGAGACUUCUUUUCAAACCAGAAAUCCGCACUUGGAUGGAGUUUAGGCAAGGAAUGGGAGCAAAUUGGACAGGCCGUUGAUAAAAAUACGUGGUACAUGAAUCCUCAUGAAGUCAAUGCUUAUUAUACUCCCACUUUUAAUGAGAUUGUUGUGCCCGCCGGUAUUUUACAAUCUCCAUUUUACAAUUCCGACUUGCCUCAGUACCUUAACUAUGGUGGUAUAGGUGUGGUUAUUGGUCAUGAAAUUACUCAUGCUUUCGACAAUUCUGGACGUCUUUAUGAUGGUGAUGGCCGUUUGAAUACUUGGUGGUCAAAUGACACUACUCAAGCAUUUGAAGAAAAAAGCCAAUGUUUUAUCAAUCAAUAUGGCAAGUUUACUGUUGAUGGACCGGAUAGCAGUAAACUCAAUGUGAACGGCAAGAUGACUUUGGGUGAGAAUUUGGCUGACAAUGGUGGCGUGAAUGCAGCACUUAUGUCGAUGCGUAAGUCAUUGACCGAAAGACCGGAAAACAACUUAGCUUUGCCCGGCUUGGAAAAUUUGUCUCCAGAACAGUUAUUCUUUAUCAACUUUGGUCGUGUUUGGUGUUCCGAUAUGCGUCCUGAAAUGGCCGUUCAAAGAGUACGUAGUGAUGUUCAUUCUCCUGCAAAAGUGAGAGUCAAUGCUGCAGUCCAAAACAGUCCUGAGUUUGCAAAUGCUUUCCAGUGUGGCGGACCUGGUUUAAAAGAUAUGAACCCGGUUGAUAAAUGUACAAUUUGGUAA